GCGUCCCGGUAUACACCGUACCUCCUUACAGGUGAUAUAUGUUAUAUAUUAGAGCAACAAACAGGAGCCGGGAUGUUAUUUUACACCCAGAAGUGUCACCGAAUGAACAUAUUUCCGGAAAGUGCCGAAGGCAUCCGAAGAGUGACAGGUUCGUGAGUCGAAGUUAGGUCAUUAUAUCCCCCAGGUCAAUAAACAAGCUAGCUGUACAGGUACUAUAACAGACAGCUGACUGGAGCGCGGCUCCACAAGCGACGACAGAGGAAGACGACGACGACGUAUACCUUAUCUCGCGUUGAUCACAAUGAACCUGAAGAAGACCAAGAUAUAUAAGCUGAUAGCCACUGGAAAUAAGGAUGCAGUUAUUAAAGCAAUGUACGACUACCUGAAGAGCGGCAAGUCACCGAAUACUCGGGAUAGUGAGACGGGUGGUGGCCUGCUUCACCAUAUCGUUAGUCACGCGGAACGUUUCACAGACCCUGAUGUUUGCGUUGUCUUGUACAUGCUCGCAUGCAAGGAUGUCGAUGUGGAUCUUCAGGACAACGUUGGGGAAACUGCCCUGCAUAAAGUCGUUAGGAAACAAGGAGCGUACAGGAUCAUGCAGAUGCUGCUCAGGUGUGGGUGUGAUACACAGAUAACAAACAACAAGAGUCAGACAGCGUUAGACAUCCUGAUGGACGAAAAGCCCGACGGCUGGCAGGAGACGCUUCACUGGUACAAGAAAUAUCACCCAGGUCUAUGGGUAAUAUUGCAAGAGCCCCAGCCGGACCGGAAGCAAGUUGAACGUCUGCUCCUCAUGUGGUCUCGUUUGACAACAGUCAAAAACGGGAAGAUUGUGAAUAUGAAGACAUUGAUUCAGAAUGAUGUUAAGAAAACUGACCUUUUACAAUUGAUUGAGAAAUAUGAGAACUCUAUCGAACUUGCUUUGGCAUUUGUUGGCGGUCUGGGAUUCAUUGUGCGGAUGUGGCAGAAACAAGGUAUUUUAAACAAUCACGAUGUCAACACAAGGGAUCACGCCUAUCAGAGACAGUACCCAGAAUGCCCGGAAGUUCCGCAGCCCCUCCUAGCGGCGACGUGGGAAACUAACAGCCUGGACGCCAUGGAAAUGAUCAUGGAACUACAACCAGACACAAGUGUCCUUUUCAACGAGUAUUCGGAUCCUGCACAAACUAAACCUCUGUUUUUCCAUGUGUUAACGGGUCAGUUCCGUCCACGUGAUGACAAGGUCAUAGAGCGGUUGUUCCAGGGAUCAGACCUCGACGCCCGCAAUCCCGACGGCCAGACCAUCCUGUUUGAAAUUAUUAAACGCAAAGAGACAGAGAAUCUCGCCAAGAGUGCCCUGGCAGCCGGAGUCAGCAUCUCCGCCAGAGACAAGUUUGGGAGAACAGCACGCGACUAUGCCCUAGCGUUGAACUUAACCGUGUAUGUGAAACUGAUUGAUGAACAGGUACUGAAGCUCAUCAAAAACAAACAGUUUGAUGCCGUGGAGAAGCUGAUUCUUGAUAACUACUCAUUUACUGGCAUCAAGGACAGUUCUGGCAAAACAGCAGCAGAAUAUGCCAAAAAACAUUCCUCUCGACAGGUGUUUGAGGUCGUCAAGCUUGUGGAUGCAAUACAGACGUAUGUGAGACGCGUGUUCACUGCCGUUGAAGACGAUGCGCUCGACGACCUCAAGAAGUUGCUGUCCUGCCAGAAAUACGCUAACGCGAGGGAUAAGUGCGGCAGGACGCCGUUACUCAGGGCGAUGCUCCUCCGUCACAGAGACGCCACGUUGAUGCUUGCUCGGGACUGCAGCUUCGCUGUCAACAUACCUGAUAACCUUGGGCGAUAUCCACUCCAUUACGCCUAUCUCUUCAUGGAUGACCCAGAGGUAAUCGACGUCCUUGAGAGACAAGGUGCUAACCCGGAUCAAGGUGAUGUGAGAGGAAGGCGUCCCGUGACCUACAGUCGGAAGAUGUGCAGCAACCAGGAGUUCCUGAUCCUACAGAAGGAGGUCCAGGACUGCGACGCGGAGGUCUUCAUAUACGAAACGAGCUUUGAGGAAAGCUUAAAAGGUGCUAUUAAAAGAGCUGACCUCGACAUGGUCACGAGGCUGGUGACCGGUCUGAAGGAACACGGCGAUGUAACACGGUUCAACUCUGUGCUGUUUGACUGUGUGGACCAGAGACGGGAGGACAUCGCCAUCUUCCUGUUGAGGAGCGGUUUCCAGGGUGAUAUAUAUAAACAGUUCAAACAGUGCAACCCCAGUGACCCCAUGUGCGCUAUGAUGGAAUGCAAUCACUCGACGACGUCACUGAAACAACGUGCAAUUGACAAGCAGUGCAGCAGAGUGGAGCGCGCUAUCACUGACAUGAUGAAUGGUGGACUUGCACCACUCGUGAAAGUUCCACCACCAUUCAACUACAUGCCAAAACGAAUGUAAGCAGGGGCAUGUCUCCGAACUGCAAGACGUGCGCCUAGUUCACUGCAAGCGGGCUGUGAUGGAAAACCAGUUCCAGUACUUCACGACCUGUUCAUCCUGCACAGUCAUUUGAUGACGUAUUUUUCAAUGGACAGUUUGAAACACAGUGACAUUUUAAACUUCAUUUUGUGUGGCUGUAUAGUGCUUUUGUAGCUUCCUAACUGAUAACUGUCAGGCAUUAACAUCUGUCCAGAGACGAGCGGGGGCACUUCGUUCUGAUUUGGUAAUAUGCUGGACAAUGUGCAUUAUGUUUCUUGUCUUCAACCAUUUCCUUCGUUGUACAGAGUUGCGUAUCUUGUGCCAUUAUCUGAGAGCUGUUGUUCACAUCUCAUUUUCACGCCAAUUGUUCUUACCUUUGUUUGUCGGCACCGAUCCUCUUGGUUGGUCAGCACCAUUCACUCUUCUCUGGGUUUGUUAGUAUCACACACGUGCUUCUAGGAUUGCCAGCACAAUGCACGUGCUUAUGAGCUAGUCAGCACCAUGUGCUUGCUUCUAGGAUUGCCAGCAUCACACACGUGCUUCUGAGCUUGUCAGCACCAAACACGUGCUUCUAGGAUUGUCAGCACCAUGCACGUGCUUCUAGGAUUGUCAGCACCAUGUGCGUGCUUCUAGGAUUGCCAGCACCAUGCACGUGCUUAUGAGCCUAUCAGCACCAUGUGCGUGCUUCUAGGAUUGCCAGCACCAUGCACGUGCUUAUGAGCUAGUCAGCACCAUGUGCUUGCUUCUAGGAUUGCCAGCACCAUGCACGUGCUUCUGGGUUUGUCAAUCCAAAAUGGCAUUUAUGUGGUCCUGAGCUUGCCAGUACCAUACACGCGAUUCUUGGUUUGUCUGUACUAUACGAGUGUCUCAGGACUUGUAAGAUUGUAAGUCUUGGAUUCACCGAAAGAAACAGUAACAUGACAUCCGCCACUUCGAUUUCUUUCAACACGUCCUCAUAAAACUAAAAUACUGGUCCAAAGGCUUUUAACUCCAAUUCCUCGCUGACCAAAAGUUCCUUUACUACCUCGAAUUAAUGGGAACAGUGGGUUGGGGUAUUACAUCAAUUGGGGUGGGGUGGAGGUGUGGAUGUGGGUGGGGAAUGGGUUAGGGGUACCUUAGAUAAAACGUUUUGCUCGUCAUGUCAUGAAUUCCCGGAUUCGAUUCCUCACAUGAGUACAUUUCUGGUGUCCGCCACCAUAACAUUGAGAAUGUCUGCAAGCGCCAUAAUACCAUAUUCAAUCACUCACUCGCUUAUAUAUCAAUCAUCAAUGUGGUGGAUGAAUCAUGUGAUCUGACAAAACUCAUAGUGUGUUUGAUUGUUUGUCAGUUUGUUGUUUUGUGCCGCUCUCAGCACUCUUCCAGCUAUAAUACGGCGGUCUGUAAAUUACCGAAUCUGGGCCUAGAUUUUCGAAGCUCUCUUAGCGCUAAGAUAGUCGUAAGUUGAUGUUAAUGUAUGGCACUUACGACUAUCUUAGCGCUAAGAGAGCUUCGAAAAUCUAGGCCCUGGACCAGACAGUCCAGUGAUUGACAUCAUGAACAUCGACCUACGUGACAGGGAAGUCUGUUGCAGAUAUUUGGAUUAUUUGUCUUCACAAUGGUUUAUGGAUUGGAGGACAGCGUGGACGAGCAUUCUACUAAAGCUAAAUCGGAAAGAAACAACAAUACAUCACCAAAGUAUUAAUAUUGUUGGUGAUGUUCACUAGAACAUCAAGCAUUAUGUAAAAUACCAUUGUCAUUUGAUAGAAAGGCUAUUCCAUAAAAGAAUGUUGUUUCCAUUCCAAUUGAACCAUGCAGGCAUUGUUUAUUGGGAAUCCAGUGUAAAUAAAAAAGU